AUGACACGCAGUCUGACACAGUCCCAAGUUGGGCGAUAUGAUCUUUGCAGUCUCACCAGGAGGGAGAGUCUUCAGGAGCAGACCACGAUUGUUGAGGCGUCCAAGAGUGGAGCUGGUGGAACUGGAGAAACUGGUGCAGCUGCUGGCAUCGAUCAAAUUCAGUUGGCUGUUAACGCACUUGCCCAGGCAAACUCAGACGCACUUGAACUUGCAAACAAAGGACUCGUUCGAAAAAGCCCAAGAACCCAAGGCGUUUCUAUGCUUGAUGGAAAAGGUGGGAGGCAUAGUUCUGCAAUACGCCCAAGCGAAGGGGAUGCUGAUACUGGCGCUGCUGGAAACAUUGAAGUUCGUUUGGGUCAUGCAAUUGAAAGUAGCCAGCUUCUUCAGCGCACCAAAAGCACUCCAAUGCUUGAUGGUGGUGGUGUUGGGCACGCUUCUACCAUGGGCCUAAACGAAGGGACUGCUGAUACUGGAGCAGUUGGAACCAAUGAACUUCGAUUGGGUCAUGCCACUGAAAGUAGCCGGCUUCUUCAGGGCUCCAGAAGCACUCCAAUGCUUGAUGGAGGUGGUGUUGGGCACGCUUCUACCAUGGGCCAAAACGAAGGAUCCGCUGAUACUGGAGCAGCUGGAACAAAUGAAUUUCGAAUGUGUCAUACCAGUGAAAGUAGCCAGCUUCCUCUGGGCUCCAGACGCAAUCCAAUGCUUGAUGGAGGUGGUGUUGCUUUUACCAUGUGCCUAAACGAAGGGACUGCUGAUACUUCUGCAGCUGGAACCAAUGAACUUCGAAUGGGUCAUGCCUGUGAAAGUAGCCGGCUUCUUCAGGGCUCCAGAAGCACUCCAAUGCUUGAUGGAGGUGGUGUUGGGCAUGCUUCUACCAUGGGCCUAAACGAAGGAUCCGCUGAUACUGGAGCAGCUGGAAUCCAUGAACUUCGAAUGGGUCAUGCCAGUGAAAGCAGUGAGCUUCUUCAGGGCUCCAGAAGCACUCCAACACUUGAUGCAGGUGGUGUUGGGCACGCUUCUACCAUGACCCUAAAUGAAGGGACUGCUGAUAGUGGAGCAGCUGGAAUCCAUGAACUUCGAAUGGGUCAUGCCAGUGAAAGUGGCCGGCUUCUUCAGGGCUCCAGAAGCAUUCGAAUGCAUGAUGGAGGUGGUGCUGGGCACGCUUCUACCAUGGGCCUAAACGAUGAACUUCGAUUGGGUCAUGCCUGUGAAAGUAGCCGGCUUCUUCAGGGCACUUCAAUGCUUGAGAGAGGUGUUGUUGGGCACGCUUCUACCAUGAGCCAAAACGGAGGAUACGCUGAUACUGGAGCAGCUGGAAUCCAUGAACUUCGAGUGGGUCAUGCCAGUGAAAGCAGUGAGGUUGUUCAGGGCUCCAAAAGCACUCCAAUGCUUGAUGGAGGUGGUGUUGGGCACGCUUCUACCAUGGGCCUAAACGAAGGGACUGCUGAUAGUGGAGCAGUUGGAACCAAUGAACUUCGAUUGGGUCGUGCCACUGAAAGUAGCCGGCUUCUUCAGGGCUCCAGAAGCACUCCAAUGCUUGAUGGAGGUGGUGUUGGGCAUGCUUCUACCAUGGGCCUAAACGAAGGAUCCGCUGAUACUGGAGCAGCUGGAAUCCAUGAACUUCGAAUGGGUCGUGCCAGUAAAAAUGGUGAGCUUCUUCAGGGCUCCAGAAGCAGUCCAACACUUGAUGCAGGUGGUGUUGGGCACGCUUCUACCAUGACCCUAAACGAAGGGACUGCUGAUACUGGAGCAGCUGGAACCAAUGAACUUCGAAUGGGCCAUGCCAGUGAAAGUAGCCGGCUUCUUCAGGGCUCCAGAAGCAUUUCAAUUGGCAGGAGAAUAGUAGAAGGAGGACAAGCGGAACAAGAAGACCUGAGUGAAACGCAGGUCACAGAAGCCUUGAAGCGACGAGUCGCAAUACUUGAGGCUUUGUUGGCCCAGCGCUGCAGCACCCAGGAGAAAGAGCUGACUGAGGACAGAAAGAAUGAGGACCAGGAAGUCUCUACACGUGAGCCACGUGAGCCCAAGAAUGUCGUUGAGGCAGACGAGCAAAAGCUUGACCAAGGAAGUCUUUGUGGAAAAGGAGGAAAGAGUAAAGGCCCCUCGAAAGGUACUUCAAAAGGCCAAGAGAAAGACCAGGACACAGCCACAGGUGGCAAAGGUGGCCCAAGUGGCAAAAAUGGCAAAGGAAAGACACCCCCCAAGGCGCCGCCUAAAACUCUAGCCAAGGCUGCUGCAAAAUGCAAAGACGGCCCUCAGCCGCGCAAGGUUGAAAUAAGGCUGGAAAGGCCAAUGAAAAAGCUAUUCUGGAAUUCGUUUGUGCUGGAUGACGAGCUUGUCCAAGCACAAGCCAAUGUCUGGGCUGUCCUUGAGCACGAGGGUAUGGACGGAUUUGAUGUGCAGGAGUUUGAGCAGCUUUUUUCGGAAGGGUCUUUCCGACCGGGGCCUUCUGGAAGUGCAGCUCUAGGAGGCAGCCGACGGCGCAUGCGAGCCAGAGUUUUUGAAGAAUCUCGGCGUCGACAGGUUUGCAUUAUGCUUGCUCGUCUUCCGCCAGUUGAGACAACCGUGAAAGCUGUUCAGCGAAUGGACGAUUCGAUUUUGGACAAAGACCAGGUGGAACUUCUGUUGUCCACAGCUCCUUCUGGCGAAGAACUCACCCUGCUUCAUUCUGCAGCUCAAGAGAUGCCUGAGAAGGACAAGGGCCUGCCAUGGGAUGAUGCUGAGGAUUUUGUUUUGAAACUUGCAGAGGUAGCAUCAUUCAGAAUUCGGCUUCAGACUUGGUCCUUUCAGAAUGCGUUUGAUGAGCGGUACGAAAUUCUGCAUGGAGCAGUUACAGAAGUCAAAGACGCUUGCCACUCUCUUCAAGAUUCGCACAGGGUGCAGAGGUUGUUGGGAAUGGUCCUUGGAUUUGGCAAUCACCUCAAUGCCGGGACAGCUCGUGGUCGCGCUGAUGGCUUCUCUGUUGAGGUGCUGCCCCAAAUGCGUGCUCUCAAGGGUCAGGCAAGUUCCUCCAGCACUACUCUGCUUGAUUUCUUGGUCCGCCAAGCUGAGAAAUCCGAACCCGGUGAGCUUGCAAACUUGUUUGGAGAGGUUGGAGAGGCCACGCUGGUGCAAAAGGCGUGCCGGCACAAGCUAUCUGACCUGUCUCACGAGCUGAACGCUUACUGUUCCCAGGCUAGCGAGCUCGCCAGGGCAGCAUCUUCCGGGGACGCAGAUUUGGUGGCCCGUGCCAAAAGAACCCAGGCCCGAAUCCGGGAGUUGGAAGCUUUGCAGCAAUUGUUCGUGGAAGCAGAAGAAGACUACAAGAACAUCAACCGCCCAGGUCUGGUUUCACGAGGGCGGUGGGAAGAAGCUGAAACCUUGGCAAUUUCACAAGAUCCUGAUUUCAUCAUUCAGCAAGCAGGGAAUAACAGAGCCACCAACAGAGCAACUGACAGAGCCACGGCGACUAGGAGAAGGGAGCGACUGACAGAGCCACGAGCAGAGCGACUAACAGAACGACUAGGACAUCCUUUGACAGAGCCACCAGCAGAAGGACUAACAGAGCGACAAACAGAGCGACCAACAAACGACCCAAAGAGCCAUGAGCUAACAGAGCGACUGCGACUGAGAGAGCGACGAACAAAGCGUCGAACAAAGCGUCGAAAAGAGCCACUGGCAGAGGGACAAACAGAGCGACAAGCAGAGCAACUCACAAGGUGA